AUGACUAGUUGUAGUGCAAGGAACGGUGCUGUGAGGCAGUAUGUAAGAUCAAAGGUGCCUCGUCUGAGAUGGACCCCUGAGCUUCAUCACUGCUUUCUUCAUGCCAUUGAGAGGCUCGGAGGCCAUAAAAAGGCUACACCAAAACUUGUUCUUCAGUUGAUGGAUGUCAAAGGGCUCACCAUUUCUCAUGUCAAAAGCCAUCUCCAGAUGUACAGAAGCAUGAGGAGCGACCUGGGUACUAGACAACAAGUGACAGAUAGGAGUUGCACGCAACCAAGAAAACAAUCGUUUGAAGAGCAUGAUGAUGGGUGUCUUGAUGAAGUAAAUGGUGUGAGUUUUUACCCAUCUUCCAAAUCUAUCAGAGAAUCAGAUUCUCAGCUCAUCUACAGUACUCCCCGCCGUUCAAAAAGAGCUAGAGCCGAGACGAGGAGUUCAAUCUCAGAGGGUCUGCAGCAGCAAUGCAGCCAAGGAAUAUAUGAGACGGUCUCAAAUCCGUACUCUUUUGAUGAUAAUGUGCUGGCAAUGGCUCAACAACAGCAUGGGGGAAUAAAGGAGCCUAACCCCUCAGCCUUGUCUCUGCCACAACCUCAUCUUCAUUACAACUUCAACCACCCCUCCUCCUCCCAAUUUUCUCUGCAAGAAUCUGACUUCUUCAAGGUUACCAAACCAGAGGCAAGAGCAGAUGCUGAUCAAGGCAAUGAACACGGUGAUUGUCAACUAGCACUGUCUCUCUCAUUACAUCAUCCUUCUUCCCACAAGAGUAAGAGUAAUGCUUCUUCAAGUGAGUUCAGUGGUGCCAUCUCAUCAUACUCCCCGAGGUCCAACUAUAAAGAUUGCUCCACUUCUUCUGGGAAACAUCGCAGUAUUAAUUUAAAUCUUUCCAUUGCCCUCUGUGGUAAAUGA